AUGAAAUACUCAUUCGCAUCCAUCUCGGCACUGGUAGCCCUUGCCGUGGCAGUGAGGCCCAACUUUUUAAACACCAAAUUUGAAGUCGUCGAGAACAAGGAGUUUACUCUCAAAUUCGACAACUGCGCCAAUGGUUGCACGAUAGUCCUCCAGAACGGCCCGAAGGACCAAAAGAAGGAUGUCAAGACUUUGACCAAGAAUGCCAAGGACGGCUCCUUCACAUUUACCCCGUCGGAUCUGCCCUCCGGGUCUUACAGUUUCAAGAUCUCCGAUAACAACGGCGACCCCAAGGAUGUCAACUACAGCAGUCCCUUCGAAUAUACGGGCACUGGACCAGGACUGACGACAGAUGCUAAGUCCUCUUCUACGGCCAGCGACAAGACUAGCGAGGCAUCCAGCUCUGCGAGUACCGCUACGACUACAGUCAGCUCAGCCGUCAGCACUACUGGCAGCUCUACAAUCACCAGCGCUGCCUCUGUCACAACCUCCGCGACAAGUGCUGCUAGCUCCUCUGCUCAGUCUUCUACAACUGUCCCCAAUGGGGGUGCUCGCCCUACACCAUUUGCGAUUGUCGCGGGCGCAAUCGCCGCUGUCGCGUACCUUGGAUGA